ACCCUCCGCAGAGCCUCACGUGCUGCACUCGGCGCCCCCGCAGGGCUGCAGGAGCCGUGACACGGCCCCGGUGACAGCCACCCACCGCCCCGCUCCGGGCAGCUCCCGGCCCAAACCAUCCCUGGGUUGGUGCUGGGAGAAGGUGGGGCCGAGGAGGGGCCUCCCCGUCCCGUUAUAUUGAAAGCGCCCCGUUCUGAAGCUCUCUUUGCUUCCAUCACAUCGCCAGGUCACAAAAAUGACAUCCUACACAGACAAAGGAGAAAAGCACCAACGAGGCCGCUUCAUCCACUUCCACUCCAUCACCUUCUGGGUCGGCAAUGCCAAGCAGGCUGCAUCCUACUACUGCAACAAGCUGGGCUUCGAGGAGCUGGCCUACCGCGGGCUGGAGACCGGCAGCAGGGAGGUGGUGUCACAUGUCAUCAAGCAGGACAAGAUCGUGUUUGUUUUCUCGUCCGCUCUGAACCCAGGGAAUGAGGAGAUGGGGGAGCACCUGGUGAAGCACGGGGACGGCGUGAAGGACGUGGCCUUUGAAGUGGAGGACUGUGACUUCAUUGUGCAGAAAGCCAAGGAGCGCGGUGCUGUGGUGGUGAAGGAGCCGUGGGUGGAGCAGGACAAAUUUGGGAAGGUGAAAUUCGCAGUGAUCCAGACGUACGGUGACACCACCCACACCUUGAUAGAGAAGCUCAACUACAAGGGCCUGUUCCUCCCUGGGUACCACCCACCCCUCUUCAAGGACCCCCUGCUGCCCAAGCUACCAAGUGGCAAACUCAGCUUUGUUGAUCACGUUGUGGGGAACCAGCCUGACCUCCAGAUGGUCCCCGUGGCAGACUGGUACCAGAAGAACCUGCUCUUCCACCGCUUCUGGUCAGUGGAUGACAAGCAGCUGCACACCGAGUUCAGCGCCCUGCGCUCCAUCGUGGUCACCAACUACGAGGAGACCAUCAAGAUGCCCAUCAAUGAGCCAGCCCCUGGCAAGAAGAAAUCCCAGAUUCAGGAAUACAUUGAUUACUACGGAGGGGCCGGAGUUCAGCACAUCGCACUCAACACCCCCGACAUCAUCUCAGCAAUCACCAACCUGAAGCAGAGGGGCAUGCAGUUCAUGGAUGUGCCCUCCAGCUACUACCAGGUGCUGCGGGAGAGGCUCAAAACUGCCAAAAUCAAAGUGAAGGAGAACAUUGACAAGCUGGAGGAGCUGAAAAUCCUGGUGGAUUUUGAUGAAAAAGGCUACUUGCUGCAGAUCUUCACCAAACCAGUCCAAGACAGACCCACGGUGUUUCUGGAGGUGAUCCAGAGGCACAACCACCAGGGCUUCGGUGCUGGGAACUUCAAGUCUCUGUUUGAGGCCAUCGAAAUGGAUCAGGAUGCCAGAGGAAACCUGACUGUGCUGGAGCCCAACGGGGAGACCAGGAGGAUGUAGGGGAUGGCAGCAAGUGCCACCCUCAUCCCCAAGGAGCUGCAUCCCAAAUGAACUGGGAAACACCCCAUGUUUUUGGUAAAUAGCCCAGACUGGAGUGCCACACACCCAGGGAAGCCACUGCCAAGCUGGACAAUGCAAAAGGACCCAAGAGCUCUCCCAGCCCAGCCCUGGCACUGCCCUUCCGUGGCCUCCUGGGAGAUGGGCUGUGGGAAAUAGCAAACACACUCUCAAAAAGCAGCUUCAUCUGAUCCAAACCAUGGAAUUCCUAACAAAGGGCAGGUCUAAGGCAUGUGCCAAAGACAUGCAGCUACAGAGGAAGACAGAAGAAACAACUGGGAGUGCUCAAAUUCAGUCUACCCAAAGUUUUAAUUUUAGCUACACGGGAAGCUGCGACAGCACGGAGGCGUUUUCCUCUCUGCACAUCUCCUUUUGUAAGAUUUUGGUUUAAUUGCUUUUAGACUCAAUCUUCAAUUUGAAUUUGCUGAGAAUAAACAUGGUUUUAGGGUAGCUCCAACACUCUGGAAUGAGAAUUAAUUGUAUUUGCAUAUUUCAGCCUUCCCAAGGCAACAGUCUUGCUCUAAUACCUGUAAAUUCCUGCAUUAAUGAUGGGUUGGGGUUUCUCCCAUGUUUGCAGCAGUAAUUGCUGGCACUGGCAGCAGUUCCUUGGCUCAGAUCCUGGCUGCAUGUGCAAAGUCCCCUCUGGGUGUUGCUCUGGAGUUGUCCUUUGCAUGGGGAAUUCCUCCCCAAAGCAAUAAAUCCCUUUUCUGGCCUGGCC